AUGUCAACAACCAAUAAUAAUAACGUCAACAAAUUCCAAGCGGCGUUUCGAGCGAAAGUGGAGCGAGUGAACGAGACGAAGAAGAUACAGACGCAAAGAACGAUUCACGGAGAGGAUGAAGCGCCAGAGGGAAGAGGAGGCGCUUCGGGGACGACGAAAAUGAAUGCGAUUUCGAACGAGAAGAUGAUGCGCCAUGGGAGGGAAGAAGGCGAGGAGAAGAAAGUAGUACUAUCUUCUUCUUCUUUGCCGGCGGGUUUUUUCGACGAGCACGCGACGGCGCGUGAUGCGAAGGACGAGGAACGCGAGAAGAGGAAAGAGGAGGAGGAGAAGAAGGGAGGCGUGGCGACGACGACGACGAGGAGUAUUGACAACACACAAAAAACUGUUGCGGACGAGACGAGCGGGCAAGAAUACUUGAAACAAAAAGAAGAGGAGGAGCGAAUGAAACGAGAAGAGGAAGAGGCGGCCAUGCAUGCGAAAGAGUUGGCGGACGAGGUCAUAGCGGAUACCGUGGCUGGGUUUGAUAAGGUGGACGCCUUGCGGGAGAAGGCGAUGGAGAUUUUGAUGAUGAAGAAGAAGAAGAAUAAAGAAGACGGCGCGAAGAAAGUGAACUGGCGGAAAGGCGAAGAGAAGGACGAGAGUAGCGACGACGAUGAUUCGGACGAAAACGACGAUUUCGCGUGGAGAAGAAAGAAGAGAAAGAAGAGCACGUGA